AUGGGACACGAGUGAAAAGCAUUAUGUUAAUGUAUUGUGAUACUUGUUCGUUUUAUUUUAGAAAUAUUUCAUUAGGAAGCUGUUUGUCCUAUCAAAGUAGUACUUGGCAGGACCAGUAACUUUGUCAUGAAAAACACCAAUGUGAAAAACCAUGCAAAUGCAUUUUUGGCAUUUUCCUACAUUCUAGAAUCAUUACACCAUCCAUUCUCUAUCUACUGAAAUUGCAUUGUAUUAUAUAGUUUCCAUAUAUUACAUUUCUCUGUACGUAUAUUUCCAUAACAUCAGACCCUGAUAAUGGGACAUACUGUACUUCUUACGUCAUAGUUUCCGUGAAAAUGAAGACCAAUGGAAAGGGGUCUUGUUCAAGACGCUUUUUCUCAGCCAAUAGAAAUGACCAAUAAACAUUACUCAGAAGUGGGAAGGGCAGGCACUUGCGGUUGUGUUUGUAUCGGAGUUGUGAGAUUAAACUGGGUCCCAUGUUCUCGGUCCAACGACCCACUUUGUGGUACAAGAUCUACACCAAACUUACCUACACAUUUCUCAAUAACAUUUUAGGCACUCUGUCUGUACGAAAAGGAUGGGAGGCAACAGCAGCCACGUCUCGUAUGAAGACGACCACGUUACUUUUGUGAAGGGCAUUAGGCUGACCGACAAAGUCAUCAAUCGAAUGAGAGAGGAGUGCCAGGCCCAGAAGGUUGUCCAUCCUCGCUCACAGCAGAAUGGCCCUGCUUCCACGGUCUCAACAGAACCUGUGGUCCCUCUGUCCACACCGGCCCCCACAGUCGAUCAUUUGGUCCCCCUUCUGGUCUCCCCUUCCCUGUUUAUCCCCACAGCCCCUCCACCUGUGGUCCUACCCACACCUCCGUCUCCCCCUGUUCAGCCAGUAAAGCUUACUCCUCCACCUCCUGUCACAUUUGUUUCUGCUCCCUGUCCACCUGCGGCCCUACCCACACCUCCCUCUCCACCUAAGGAACCGAUAGUCCGAGCUCCAGCUGUUGAACCUAUUGUUCCACCUCUAGAUACAAAAGUGCUUCCUCAAGGGGCAGAACCCAUACUUCCUCUGGUGCCUUUAGAACCUAUAGUGCCAUCUUUGGCCCCAUCUCCACCAAUAGAAGAACCAGUACCUGUACUCCUAUGUACCCCUACCACCGAGGAACCUGUAGUUCUGCCGACACUGGCUGAAGCUAUUAUCCCACUUGUCCCUAUAGAACCCGCCGUACCACCUAAGCCUGUGAAACCUGUGGUUCUAGCUCCUCCAGCUGUGGAACCAAUUGUGCUGCCUCCAGUGGUUGAAUCUGUUGUCCUACAUCACCCUGUAGAACAGGUAGACCCACUUACCCCUGACCCUUCACCUGUUGAAGCUUUUGUCCUGCCACCUGCUGUGGUUGUGGAAGUAGCAACACCUACCCUCGUAGAACCGGUAGUCCUGCCACCUGUUGUGGUUGAGGAAGUAGCAACACCUACCCUCGUAGAACCGGUAGUCCUGCCACCUGCUGUGGUUGUGGAAGUAGCAACACCUACCCUCGUAGAACCGGUAGUCCUGCCACCUGCUGUGGUUGAGGAAGUAGCAACACCUACCCUCGUAGAACCGGUAGUCCUGCCACCUGCUGUGGAAUCUGUCACCAUUACGACACCACUUGUUGUUGAAGAGGUUGUCCUACCCACACGUCCACCUGUAGAGCCCCUACCUGUCUCUACUCCUCCGCCUGUUGCAGAUCCUCCACCUCCCCCAGUCCUAGCACCUAUCCCAGAGCCUAUUAUGGAGGAACUUCCUCCAGCACCAUGUCCCUACAUGGAGCUGGCCACCCUGUCUACUGCAUCGGCUGCUAGCAAACCAACUGAUAUCCCUCCCCCUGUAGAAGAGCCCAUAGCUCCCCCUCCUCUCUCUGCCCCAGUAGAACCCAUGGUCAGCAUUCCACCAUUCCCUCUCAUUGAAAACGUGGCUGUUCCAGUCGUGGCUCCUGUUGUGACCCCCACUGUGAUCCCACUGCAACCUCCAUUAGAUGAAGAAGUGCUGAGGAGGCAGAUCCAAGCUGAGCUAACGAAGGGCCUGGAAGAGGAGAUGAAAGUGAAGCGGCAGGAGUUUGAAAAACAGUUGUAUGAGGUGAAGGUCCAGGCCAGAGCCCAGGCGCAGGCUGUAGCCCAGGCCCAGAUCCAGGAGGAGGUUAAGAAAAUCCUGGAUCUGGAGAAGGCAGCGCAGGGAGAGAACCUGAUGGCGGCCCUCGCGAAGGAACGCAUGACCGCAGAGGAUGAGAGACUCAUGGCCCAGCUCUACUGGAUAGAGCUUAAGGCCCACAAACUGCAGGAGAAAGAGAACCAGGUGAAGAAACAAGAUGCACUCUUCAGGGAACAGGUCGCCAAGCUGGAAGAAAAGAGUGCUCAGUUCUUCAAAGUCACCACAGAGAACUUCAAGAAGGGCAGAGAGGACGCUCACAACACCUUCAAGCGUGUUGACAUCAAGCCAGUGUGUGGUGACCUGCAGAGUCAGAUCCUGAAGUGCUACAGGGAGAACACUGGACAGACCCUCACCUGCUCUGGCAUCGCCAACUUGUACAUGCAGUGUGUGGACAACCACAAGACUAAGAGCAUUGGAGGUUAGACGAGCCUCAUUUUUCACCAAUGGCGUUACUGUUUAACCAGAGAAACAGGAGCAGGACGCCAUCAGCCAUCGAGACACACCAAAACCAGUUGAACUGUUGAACCACCACAGCUGAAGACACUCCUGCUCCACCAUCCCUUCCUCCCAUCCAUGGUAUCUGUAUUAACACCCCCCCCCCCCCCCCCACCGAGAGGGUCAGAGGUAGAAUGAGGAGACCAUGUCCUGACCCAGUACAGGCUAGAGACUGGUACUGAUGUGAGAGAGAGCGCACAAUAUGGUUCUUGGGUACACAACUGAACAGUGCUACUAGCACUACACUGACAGAAAAUGGACAUUGUUACCAUGACUACACUAUGACAGAAAAUGGACAUUGUUACCAUGACUACACUAUGACAGGAAAUUGACAUUGUUACCAUGACUACACUGACAGGAAAUUACAUUGUUACCAUGACUACACUAUGACAGGAAAUGGACACUGUUACCAUGAAUACACUAUGACAGGAAAUGGACACUGUUACCAUGAAUACACUAUGACAUGAAAUGGACAUUGUUACUAUGAAUACACUAUGAUAGGAAAUGCGAGACAUCUCAUCCCUGACUGUAUAUAAAAUGCUUUAUACAUCUCCACCAAUGGAAAUAUUGGGAUUACGGUUUUGCCGUUGACAGCAGUAUGAAACAUAAUGGAAUAGCCAAGUUGUGAAAGAUAUUGUGCAUUGUUUGUUUGUUGAGUUAAUAUGCACCUAUGCCUUAAUGUUCUAUCAAAACACAAAUGUUGCCUAUGCAAAAAAAAUAAUGUAAUUUUGAUCUUUAUUGUUAUAAAAUACAAACACAUAUGGGGGUGGGAACUGUUGUGUGUCCCAAAUGACAUCCUAUUCCCUAUGAAGUGCACUACUUCAUAGUGCAUUUCACCACUUCAUAGUGCACUACGAUCAAGUGUGAGGUCUGGCCCAUAGGGCUCUGGCCAAAACUAGUGCAAAAGUAGUACAUAGUGUGUAAUUUGGGCCAGACCUCACACUUGGUCGCCACAGACCAAGACAAAUUUGGCCCUUUGUUCACGGAGGGUGUAAACGGGAGUUGUUCUGAUCUCAAUAAAUUGUUGUGAAACACCCUUCA